GUUUUCAUUCGUUUGUUGAAUAUCGAACGGAACGGUUCCAUAUUCUCUGCUCAGCUCCGCUUAUAGCUAGCAAAGAAGCAAAGUAGCAAAGUUUUAAAUAAAAGCAAAAAUACUAUUAUUAAACAAGAAAGAUUGUUAUUCAAACAACACCCAAGAGCAAAAGACACAGCAUUUAAAAAAAAUUCCAAACAGAAGAGAAAAAAGAAUUUGUAUUGGAAAAUUUAGCAAAAGCAAAAAUAAAAACAAACAAAUAUUGCCUAAAAGUGCAAGUGCAAAGUGUGAAAAAUUUCGCAAGCAAAAUUAAAUUGUGAAAAGUGCAGAAGAAAUAUAUUUUCAAAAAAUAAAUAAAAAAACAGUUGAGAAAAUCUCAAAAGUGAGUUGUAAAGUAAGCAGCAUUUGGAUUACUGCAUUUGGAUUACAAAUACCACAAAAACAAGAGCUUUUACUGGCGUACAAACAUACAAACACUAUGGAUAUCGCUUUAUUGCCUUCACCGCCAGCAACGCCGCCACUCUGCGAGAAACAGAUUGAAGAUGAAAAACCCUCAGCACAGCAUUUGCAUGAGGAGAUGCUCAAAGCAAAGCUGCAAUUCAGUCAGCAGAAAAAGCAGCAACACAUAAUCACCCCGAAUCCCUCAGAUACAGAAGAUGACGCUGAGACGCCACCCUGCAAGAAACAGCGCUUGGAGCUGCCACAGCCAGUUGCCGCAUUAACACCGCCACCAGAGACACAGAAACAACCGCAAUCACAGGAGCAACAACAAACACAGCGCGUGAGCGUUAUCAUGCAUGUGAACAGUUCCGGCAUUUGCUCCGCCAUCGACGAGAACUCGUGCUCCUCCACCAUUUCCAGCGUCUCGGCCGCGUCCACCACAACCACCACCAGCAACAGCAGCAGCAGUACAACAGUCUCACAGGCGCCGUUGCUCACAUCCGAUGACGAUUGCAGCGAAACUAAUGUGUGGCGCAGCUUGAAGUUCAAAAUGAAUCGCACGCGUUGCAGCAGUUUCUCAACGCCCGCCUCCGCGCACCAGCAGCAACAGCAACUACAAGAGUCGGCGCAAAAAGUACAAAACGAAAGCAAACUUGAUUUGGCGCAAACACAUUUCCGCUUCACACUGCCGGCGGUGCAAACAACCGUUAGCGCAACGCAACAACAACAGCAGCAGCAACAAAUGUAUACCACCACACCGCCACAGUAUCAAGUAAUCGCACCGAAAAGUAUUUACAUAACACCCACAGCGGCGUCCGGCAACGGCAGCAGCGCGCCCAACGCCACCACAGUCAUUCCCGCGCAAUUGUUGGUGCUAAACGCCAGCAAUGGCCUGCUACAGAAUGUCACCGGCACGCCAACCCCCAGCGCGCAACCACCGGCCACAACGCCCGUACACAAAAUGACCGCCGCGCAAAUAGCCGCCGAGCGUCGACGCAUCUACGUCUGCGAGUACCCGAACUGCGGCAAGAAUUACUUCAAGUCCAGCCACCUGAAGGCGCAUCAGCGCGUGCACACCGGCGAGCGGCCGUUCAUCUGCAAGUGGGCGAACUGCGAUAAGCGUUUCUCACGCUCCGACGAGUUGUCGCGUCACAAGCGCACACACACCGGCGAGAAGAAGUUCGUCUGCACCGUCUGCCAGAAGAAGUUCAUGCGCAGCGAUCACCUGUCCAAGCACAUCAAGCGUCAUGGCAAAGACAAGGCGAACGGUGUGAACCGUAAUGUCGCCGCCGCUACAAUGGCCGCCGCAGUGGCAGCCGCCAACGCCGCCGCAGCAGCAUGUGGUCAACAGCAAAUCGUCUCGGCUGUAGCAACACCAAUUAGUCAAAACAACAACACCACACACUUGCGUCCAAUAGCGCCAGCAUGUAGCGCGAAGCUUGCGCCUGCAACAACAACAACAGCCAAUGCCGCGCUGCAGCUGCAAAUCUGCAACGCCAGCGACUUGUUGCGGCUGCAGCAGGUGGGCGCAUUGCCAACCGCCUUCACCACGCUCAUCGCCGAUCAGCAGCAAUUGCAGGCGCAACAACAACAACAACAGCGUUAAGCGCUUACUAUAGUAAAGUGGCAGCAGAACAAAGCGCGCAAGCGUCCGUCAUUCCAAACUCAUUCUAAGUUGAAAAAGAAAAUGUCUCCAAUAUCCCAAACCUUUUGUCAUGAGCAGCAUGUGCACAUCUGUAUUAUAUUUAUUUGAUAUGUAAUUUUUGUUGUAAGCUUUUAACAUAUUUGAGCCAUAAAGCAUUACUUAAAGGCAUAGCUCCAUUAACACAUACAUACAUAUGUACAUUUAGGUGUAUUUAAUCUCAUAUAUAUAAAUGAUAAUGUACUUGUAUUUAUGCAAAAGCAGCCGGUAGACGCUGUCAAACCACGGUGGAUGUGCGCAAGCGCCUCCCACUUCUCUCAAAUAUACUAACCAACCUGUCAAAAUUUUCAAUUUCCCACAUUAACAAAUGUUUUUAGCAAUAAUUAACGGCUUAUUAAUUAUGUAAUUACCAUUCUCUGAUUAUCAUUUAAGUUAUUAAGUUUGUAUUUGUUUGUUAAUUUUUACCGCUAGCCAAUAAUUUUUUAAAACAAACUCUUUACAACAAAUUUGUAAAAAUAGUAAAAAAAAAUCUGUGAUAUUUAAGUUAUCUUAAACUGUGUACACACUUGCAUAUAUAUACCAUAUAUAUGUGUAGGUGAUUACAGCUAAUUUAUUAUAUAUAAUAUAAAUGUAUAUAAACUUAUUUACUAAACUUUCUUACUUGUAUGUAAAUAACUGCAAUUAUGUAAUUAAGUCUCUAUUGGUAAAAUGUAUGAGUUAAAAAAAAAAGAAAAGAAGAAAAAAUCAAAAUAUGAAAACAAAACAUAAGCAUAUUGAAGAAAGUAAUUAAAAAGUAAAAGAAGAACAAGAAGAAGACAAACUUAUGCAUUAAAAGAUUCAACUUAAAUACAAAAUAAACACUCUUUCCCAAGUGUCUAUCAAAUCAUAAUAAA